AUGUCUUCCACUUGUCAGGCUCCCCCACACACACCCAAAAACCCAUCUGGCUUUCAGAAGGCCACCAUGCCUGAGCUCCAGAUCACCAGUGAUGAUGAGGAGGCUGACAUCUGGCUGGAGGCAGAGAGGCUCAAGAGGGAGUGUCUGGAAGCAGAGCAAUGUGAAAAGGAGCGAGCAGAGGCUGAGCAGCACGAGAGGGAGUGGGUGGAGGCUGAGAGGUGGGAGCAGGAGCAGUUGGGGGCUGAAAGGUGGGAGCAGGAGUGUCUGGAGAGCAAAUGCCAGGAAUGGGAGGCCCAGGCGCAGCUGAAAACAGGGGAGUCAAAGGGCAAGGUGUGGGAAAAGGGCCCCAGUGUAGGGAGUCAUAUACUCCCUGAGGCUGGAACAUGA